CUCUUGGCAGGAUAGCCACCAUGUUGUCGCCUGUUUCACUGACCUAAGGGGUAGGCGUUGCCCUGCACAAAGUAUUUGGCAUCUAGUUUGUCCUUUUUGACCCUUGUUGGUCAGAACUAAUCAUUGUUUGAUGCGCCUGAAGUCAUGAAUACUUGCAGUGUGCUGCGAAUUCCCUCGCAGGCGGACUGGUAUGUCCGCUUCUGCAAAGGAAAGGAGAGGUGAAAGUUCACAGUGGCUUGGACAUAUCAGGUGACAAUGUGGAGAAGUUGGUCCAGCGCUGCACUUUAAUUUUCAGAACUUUUGGAAUGACUAGCGAGGGAGUUUCAAAAUAUUGCGAGGAAGAUGAGGACUUGGCGUUGGCGUACUAUGACGAUGACGACGACUUUGAUACGUUCACGGACGGAGAUGUUGACUGUAGCUGCGAGGACGGAGUCCUGGGCUUCAGCGACCCCUUCAGCAGCGAGGUGAAGCCCCGCAUUCUGCUGAUGGGCCUUCGCCGCAGCGGCAAAUCCUCCAUCCAGAAGGUGGUGUUCCACAAGAUGUCUCCCAACGAGACGCUCUUCCUGGAGAGCACCAACAAGAUCUGCCGCGAGGACGUCUCCAACAGCUCUUUCGUCAGCUUCCAGAUCUGGGACUUCCCGGGCCAGAUCGACUUCUUUGACCCCACGUUCGACUACGAGAUGAUCUUUCGCGGCACAGGGGCGCUCAUCUUUGUCAUUGACUCACAGGAUGACUACAUUGAAGCGUUGAGCAGGCUUCACUUGACUGUGACCAGAGCCUACAAGGUCAACCCUGAUAUCAACUUUGAAGUCUUUAUCCAUAAAGUGGACGGGCUUUCGGAUGACCACAAGAUAGAGAAGCAGAGGGACAUCCACAAACGAGCCAAUGACGACCUGGCAGACGCAGGGCUGGAACGAAUACACCUCAGCUUUUAUCUGACCAGCAUCUAUGACCACUCGAUCUUCGAGGCCUUCAGUAAAGUGGUGCAAAAGCUCAUUCCCCAGCUUCCCACCCUUGAGAACCUCCUGAAUAUCUUCAUUUCUAACUCAGGCAUUGAGAAGGCCUUCCUGUUUGAUGUGGUCAGUAAGAUCUACAUUGCCACGGACAGCAGUCCGGUGGACAUGCAGACGUACGAGCUGUGCUGUGACAUGAUUGACGUGGUCAUCGACAUCUCCUGCAUCUACGGUCUAACUGGGGAUGAGGCUGGAUCGCCCUAUGACAAAGAGUCCAUGGCCAUCAUCCACCUUAACAACACCACGGUCAUGUACCUGAAGGAGGUCACCAAGUUCCUGGCCAUGGUGUGCUUCCUGAGGGAGGAGAGCUUUGAAAGGAAAGGGCUUAUCGACUACAACUUCCACUGCUUCAAGAAGGCCAUCGAGGACGUGUUUGACGUGCGCCUCAAGGUCCAGAAGAGCCGCAAGCUGCUGAGCCAGCGCAGGUGGAGUAAACAGAACACUCCCAACGGAGCCCACGUCCAGCCACACUGACCACAUCACGGGAGAACGUCUGGCUGUCACCCUGUUCCGGAACAAUCGCCAUGGAGCCUUUUUUUAGCUCUUUUCUUUUUUUUAGAUGUGUUAGAUGACGUGAAGAUUAACAAAUAGCAUUUUUCUUUUCUUUUCUGUAAAUCAUAAAACUCAGAAAAAUGAAAAUUGUACCUGGAAAGUACAAUGUUUUUAUAUAAUAAUAUGAUAUUUUGUUUUUUUGUCAGUAGUAGCCAAAGAGAUCAUGUCCAAGCAGUUGCCUUUUUUCAUUAUCCACAUAGGCUACUGAUUUGGAUUUUACUAAUGUAAUAUAGGACGUUGUGCCAAAAGAGACCUAUUUGAUUUCAUCGAGUAGUGUUACACUGUGUGAAUUAGUGAAACAAUGAUUGCAUUUGUGUAAAUAAUUUGCAUUCAAUCAGAGCACCUCCCUGAGCUGUGACUUAACUGCUGCUUUACCUAGUCACAGUGUAUCAGUGUUAUCAUUAAACAGAUGUGAAAAACCUAGACCCCUGCCAUUAUAGACCUACGUAUAUUAAUAUGGCUCUUCAUUGCCGCUAUAAACCUGUAUUAAUAUGGCUCUUCAUUUGCUCAGAUUGUAAGAACAUAGGCUACUGGUAUUUUCAGUUCACCUGUUUUCUUUCUUAAUUAGAGCAUACAUCUUUUCUUAAUAACUGACAUUGAAACAAGCCUUUCAUAAAACAUAAACAUAAUCUCCUUAAAAUGGGUCAAUACCUUGCAUGUCAAUAUGGUUUACAUCUGUUUAGAAAGUGGACUAGCAAA